UAAAAAGUUUAUCUUUCCAUAACACGACAGGUCAUUAUAUACCCCCCCUCACCCCUACACACGUUUCCCCUGGACGAUCUCUUAAUUUCACAAGCACCAGCACCAAAUUUGUUUAUAACCUCACUCAUGAUCAUCUUGAUGUUAUAAGUGUUUGUUUCUUUUUCUUGCAGCUUUCCUUUCUUGUUAUCUACUAUGAUGUUAAGGUAAGCAACUAGAGUAACGCACCUACAAAAAUCUAUCCACUUUCAUCUUUCUCUUUUUUAGAGAAGAUGGGUAACCUCUGUCCCUGCUUGAAUGACCGGGCAAGCCAAAAGGAAGGCGCCCCGAAGAAGGAGAGGAAGAAGUCCUUUGUGAUGAAGCCAAAUGCUAGAGGAGGCGGCGAUUACGCCGAUGGAGUUAUGGUUGGAAACUACUAGUUCUGUAAUUGUUCUUGUACUUCUAUAGUCAUCAUUUUUUUCUUUUUCAUGACCAUGAUCCAGCAUCUGCCAGGAAAGAGAGAGCCAGCAUCAGUAUCUCUUUCUCUCCGGUUGUAGUUGUUGUAUCGUUUUCUUUGUUCCCACUUGUUCCGAGGAUUUACUCCUACGCUGCGUAAUAUUGAUAUUGAAGUAGAACAAUCAAAUUUACGUAGAAAGAAAAGUUGUACAGCAAGAACAUCAACUACAUCAACAUCAACAUUAAUAUUAAGUUUUAUCUCUUGAUGAAUAACAUUCCACUUUUUCUUCUAACCUACGCGGCGGUGGCGAAGAUAGCUACGGUGGAGGCGAUAGCGGGAUUGAUGAAACAACGAAUGGAGGUAACGAGUAUGAGCAAGAUGAAAUGACAACGGCAGAAGAGCCUGUGGACGCAGACAUUGACAUUGACGAGUUCGAUCAAGUCAAGUUGGUGGACGUGGUGAGCGGCUCAACAGUCGCUCGUGGGGAUCACGAGGUUGCGAAGUGGAUAGAAAAGGAACGCACAUUGCGGCAGAAGUGGGGAGACGCGACUGUGUUUUUCAACGUUUUCCGCAUGGACCCCUAUGGGAAAUACAACAGUACUUCUACAGGAGCUGCUGGAGCUCCUGAGAAAGAAGUGCCUCUCCUCAGUGUGCAAAAACGGCUGAAACCAGAGAAACCAGACGAAGAAGUGUUGUCUGGUCAAUUUCCUGCAGAAGCGGUCGAUAAGUUUCUGUUGUCUGCCGUGAAAAUUCCUCCAAAAACGACUGUUGCCAAAGUGAAAAAGAUUUUCCGGAAGGAAGCCCUGGAGAAGUGUGGUGUGCUACAAGCGGCCAGUGCAGCAGAAAAAGAGGACAAGCCGACACAAGUGUUCAAGGGCUCGCAUCUGACCUUUUACGUAGAUACGAUCAUGGAGGACCAGAAUUACUUUUGGGAAGAUCAUGCCAUCGUCUUGCCUCUCUUCGUUACGGUGUGGGUACACGACAUGCCUUUGGAGGAUUUAAAAGCGUGGAUGACGAAAAAAGCCAACGAUAUGACGAGAAAAGCAGAAGGACCACAGGAACAGUAGGGUCGAACUCCAAGGCAACGCGGAAGGAUAAGACCAGUAUGCGUCUAAGGGGGGUGAUGCUCGUGGUCAGACGAACGGACCGUCAUACGGAAGGAACCUGAGUAAGCACGAGGGCAAGCUGGUGAUUAACCUUACUUUAACGGGCCUCUGUACUGGAUCACCUACGGCUUAGAACGAGCCAUUAUUCAUACGGAUGAAGGAGCAAACUAAGCAAGAAGUAGAGUUGUCGUAGUAGGCAAGAACAUGCUGUCUUUGACACUUAAUAGAAGAUUGUGCCCUGGUGGCUCUAGUAUGAGU